AUAUAAACCCACUUCUGGCGAGCUCAGCCUGUGGUUUCAUGGGCGAGCCUUAUGAGAAGUGAGGGAGCCGGGGGAAGGGUCCUGGAAAUAGGGGUGCGAGAAGGAUCGCCGUCCCCCCACGAGUUAUCGAGGUCCGACGCAGGCAGACUCGGAGAGCGGAGAGGAAGAGAGAAGAGGAGGAGCAGACCUGGGAGGAUUGUCGGGGAAGCGACACCGGAGGCUAUGCGAAGACAGUGAUGAGGGACCGAAAAAAGCAUCCGCGGUGGCCCGUGAUUUUCCUAGUCGCUCUGGCCCUGCGAUUGCAGGUGACGUGUGCCGUGGGCACCUUCGAGCUGCAGAUCCGCCAGGUUCAGAACCCCCACGGGUUGCUUCAGAACGGCGAGUGCUGUGACCGCUCCUCCCCCUCAAAGCCACACUGCUCCCCCACGGACCAGUGUGACACGUUCUUCCGUGCAUGUCUCAAGGAGUACCAGGCCCGCGUGGCACCCACCGGCACCUGCACUUUCGGGUCAGGCAGCACCUCUGUCCUAGGCGGGAACUCCUUCUCUGUGCAUCACCACGGGCAUGGGCUCCACGGCGCCAGCGGUGUGCUAGAUAGCAGCGACGGGCACAUCGCCAUCCCCUUUAAAUACGCCUGGCCGAAAUCCUUCUCCCUGGUGCUCGAGGCUCUGGACCAUGACAAUGAAACUUCAGAGCCAGGCCAGGAGCAGCUGAUCGAGCGCGUGCUGCUCUCCUCCAUGCUGAACCCAGGAGAGCAGUGGCAAAACUUCCGCCACCCGGGCCGGCAGCUGACCCUGGAAUAUCGUCUGCGAUUCCGCUGCGACACCAACUACUACGGCCCCUUCUGCAAUAAGUUCUGUCGUACCCGUGACGACUUCUUCGGCCAUUACGGCUGUGACGCCAGCGGGAACAAAGUCUGCAUGGAGGGCCGGAUGGGUCCCGAGUGUCUACAGGCUGUGUGCAAACAAGGGUGUCACUCAGUUCACGGCUUCUGCAGCCUUCCUGGAGAGUGCAGGUGCCAUUACGGCUGGCAGGGCCCGCUCUGCGACCAGUGUGUGACCUUCCCCGGCUGCGUCCACGGCAGUUGCACGGAGCCCUGGAAAUGUGUGUGUGACACCAACUGGGGUGGGUUGCUCUGUGACAAAGACCUCAAUUACUGUGGCACUCACCAGCCCUGCAAAAACGGGGGCACCUGUGCCAACACAGAACCCAACGAGUACCAGUGUUUGUGCCAGGAGGGUUUUCGUGGACGCAGCUGUGACAUCGUUGAGAAUGCCUGCCUGUCGAACCCAUGUCUCAACGGGGGCACCUGUGCGGACGACCCUUCAGGCUUCAGCUGUGUCUGUGCAGAGGGCUGGACGGGACAUGCUUGUGCCUCUGCUGUGCAGUCCUGUGCGUCUAGUCCAUGUGGUCGGGGUGCGACAUGCCAGGAGGUUCCACAGGGGUUCACAUGUCUGUGCCCCCCCGGCUGGUCUGGUCGGACAUGUCAGUUGGACACCAAUGAAUGUGAGGCAGGCGUGUGCGUCAACGCCCAGACCUGCCGUAACCUGAUUGGAGGAUACCUCUGUGAAUGCCUGCCGGGCUGGACUGGGCCCAACUGUGACAUUAUUAACGCCAGCUGCCAGGGAAAAUGUCUAAACGGGGGCCGUUGUGAGGACUCUCUGUCUGGCCACAAGUGUCACUGCUUGCCAGGUUUUACUGGGAAGCAUUGCCAGACGGGAUCCGGGACCUGCGAGAGCGCCCCCUGCUUGCAUGGAGGGCACUGUGUGGAACAGAAGGGAGGGGAGAUAUCGUGUCGCUGCCAGUUGGGCCACACAGGAGUGCAUUGCGAGGUUGUGGUGGACCUAUGCAAUCCCAAUCCAUGCCAGCAGGGGGUGCCGUGCCGCAGCACAGAGGGCGGUUACCUGUGUGGUUGCCCAGAUGGUGAAGAAUGCAGGAGCCUGCAGGAUGCCUGUCACGGGCAGCAUUGCUCAGGUGCCAUGUUGGAUCCAGGAGGGGCUGGCGUGAGUUUAUACAUGGUGCUGGUGGGGGCGUUGGCACUGCUUACGGCCGCCGGCUGCGUCUGCUGUGUCCUGCUGCUGUCUGAGCUGCGCAGGCGGCGGCAGAAGCUGCAGCUGCAGCAGCAGCAGCAAGCGCAGCGGACGCCGCAGGAUGAGGGGAUCAACAACCAGCGUGAGUUCAUCACCCUCAUCCGCAACCUUGAUCGCGCGGUGUCCCUGCCGCCCUCCCAGCCUGCUUUGUCGGAGCUACAGCGCCACUCUGAGGAGAUCGAACUCACCCUGCCUCCAUGUCCUACCUCAGCCAAUCAGGAUAAUGCCUUGAAACUCUCCCGGGUGACAAAGCAGGACAUCUCCAACCGCGAGAGGGAAAAACUCAAUCGCUUCCACCUCCCAGACAACCAGGAGCUUGAGGUAUGACUCAGGUCGCCACCAGCCCCGGACCUGCAGGUCUCAGUUGAGCCCCGAGAUGACCCUUGACCUCUGAACCCCGGGUCAGUCUCCAUUCAGAUGCUCUGAGUGGAUGCUGAAGCCUCAGAGAAUUACUUUUUAAAUCCAGGCUGGUCGCUGACCAGGCCAUGUUCUGAGCAGCAAGAUGAACAAGACCUCAGGAAUGGACAGGGGCGAGAAUGUGUCUGUGUAUGUCUCCCCCCUUUCUAGCUGGGUUCAAACACAAGAGGAGGAGAGAAUUUCUUGCCCUUAUGGAGAGAAAUUCGCUAUGGGGUGAAGUGUAGCCCCCCCUUGACUCCUUGCCACACGCCUCAGGGCUUUGCUGGUCACACUGCCAUGAGUCUUAUUACUGACGGACCACAAAUCCACAGGGAGAUAGUUUGUAUGCUGCAAGGCCUGCUGCAGUGACAGGCCAAUGGAGAUAAGGUGGGUGGCAGCCAGAAGCUUGCUUUGAAUUCCACGUAGCACCUCGAGACCACUGCUGAGGCAUCGAUCCUUGGGGCGUCGUUUUUCCCCGCUGGUCACUGCGUCCGACCUGUGCCUGUUUCUUGAGCUGCAGCGAAGGGUCCGGAAAGCCGCAUGAACCUGCAGACGCAGGGCAGAUAAUUUUGCACCGGGGAUCUUCUGCAGAAGCCCUGGCUCUCAUCUCUGUGCACCCCGGGGCACUUUGAGAUCUCUGGCUCCGAAUGCGAGAGGCUGUGACCAGCCCGGAGCACGAGCUGCCCGGGAAAUCGUGUCUCUGCCCCUAAGCCUGAGGCAAGAAGGGCCUGGUUUUCUGGGUCAGCCCAGAAAAAGAGAGACGUCUGUGAAUGAGAAGAAGCGAAAACAAGAGGAGAUAACACACAAGCGGUCCCUGUACUGUGACACAGAGAUUGUAAACAGAAUACGGUCUUUAUGCCUGUGUCAAUGAUGCGCCUGUGUACAUGCUGUAUAUAAAGAUAUGAUCUCCGCUAUUGAUUAUUGACUUUUUGUACUGUGGUUUUGUCUCAGAAUGGCGCCAAAUCUGCUUCGACUUCUGCAGCUGAAAUUUGGUUCUCAGCAGGUGUGAGUUGUGAUUAAAGCUCAUUUACAAUGUU